CGCUCCCCCCCAUCCCCCCCCUCCCUCCCCACCCCCUCGAGGCGGCCGCCGGUUGCCGGGGUGAUCGCCCUCUUAAAGGGCCCGCGGCGGCCGCCCCUCCGUGCGCGUUGCUGGCGCUGGCGGGGGCCGCGGUGCGGCCUGCGCGGGAGGGAUGGCAGGGCCCGGCGGCGGGGACGUCGGCAGUGAGGGGGCCGGGGGUCCUCGCGGGCGGCCGCCGGCAAGUGAUGGCGCCUUGUGGUUCCCCCGGCAGGAACGGGCCCGGGAUGGCGGCCGAGGGCCCGGCGGGGACGGCGCACAGCAUCUGCAUGGUGUCGGACUUCUUCUACCCCAACAUGGGGGGCGUAGAGAGCCACGUGUACCAGCUGUCGCAGUGCCUCAUCGAGCGGGGCCACAAGGUCCUGGUGGUCACCCACGCCUACGGCCGCCGGAAGGGCAUCCGCUACCUCACCAACGGGCUGAAAGUCUACUACUUGCCCCUGAAGGUCAUGUACAACCAGUCCACGGCGACGACGCUCUUCCACAGCCUGCCCUUGCUCAGGUACAUAUUCGUGCGGGAGAGGGUCACCGUCGUCCAUGCCCACAGCUCCUUCUCUGCCAUGGCCCACGACGCCCUCUUCCACGCCAAGACCAUGGGGCUGCGGACGGUGUUCACGGAUCACUCCCUCUUUGGGUUUGCAGAUGUCAGCUCCGUGCUUACCAACAAACUUCUGACGGUGUCCCUGUGUGACACAAACCACAUCAUCUGUGUCUCCUACACAAGUAAGGAAAACACGGUGCUGCGAGCAGCUUUGGACCCUUUGAUAGUGUCCGUCAUCCCCAAUGCUGUCGAUCCCACCGACUUUACUCCAGACCCGUCAAGGAGGGAUGACAGUACAAUAACAAUUGUUGUUGUCAGCAGACUUGUUUACAGAAAAGGUAUAGAUUUGCUUAGUGGUAUCAUUCCUGAGCUCUGUCAGAAAUAUCCAGAGUUACAUUUCUUAGUUGGUGGAGAAGGACCAAAACGAAUCAUACUGGAAGAAGUCCGGGAAAGAUACCAGUUACAUGACAGGGUACGUCUCCUAGGAGCCUUGGAACACCAGGAUGUUAGAAAUGUUCUAGUCCAGGGGCACAUUUUUCUCAACACUUCCCUCACUGAGGCUUUUUGUAUGGCAAUUGUGGAAGCAGCAAGCUGUGGUUUACAGGUGGUGAGUACAAGAGUUGGUGGGAUUCCUGAGGUGCUUCCAGAUAAUCUCAUCAUUUUAUGUGAACCGUCCGUGAAAUCUUUGUGUGAUGGAUUAGAAAAAGCUAUUGCGCAGCUCAGAUCAGGAACACUACCAUCUCCAGAAGCUGUCCAUAGUAAAGUAAAGACAUUUUAUACAUGGAGGAAUGUAGCAGAGAGAACUGAGAAAGUGUAUGACAGGGUUGCAGAUGAAGUAGUUUUACCAAUGGAUGAGCGACUUAACAGACUAAUGUCUCACUGUGGCCCAGUGACUGGGUAUAUUUUUGCUCUGUUUGCUGUUCUGAACUUCCUUUUCUUGACGUUUCUGAGGUGGAUGACUCCAGAUUCCAUUAUUGAUGUUGCAAUAGAUGCCACAGGACCUAAAGGUGCAUGGACUAAACAGUAUUUUUUGGGGAAAAAAAGGAAGAGUUAAAGAACAACUUCCAAGCUCCUAAAAUGCUCAAAUGGAGAGGAAAGAACCCAUCAGUCACUAAAAGUUUUAAUGCUUGCUGAUAGAGACAUUACUCUUAAAAUUCUUCAGUUUCUUUCUGAAGAUACUGGAAAGAAACUUGGUUAAAUGUGCUACCUCAAUUUAGGAUUAUGUUUUAAUUUAGUUUUGGAUUCAUGCAAGUUUAUGGGCAUCUCUUUUGCACUUAAAACUGGGAGGAGAACAAGGGUUUUUAUAGGUGUCAAAAGCCUUUGAGACAAAAAUACAAGAUUUUUCUCAACAACUUGAAUAUUACAGAAAGUGACUGUAAACUUUAGUGGUUUUUGGGAAAGCAAAACACAAAAAUUAUUAGCUUACUGUAGUCCCUGCUAAUUCCUGAUAUUUACUGUGAUUUUUACUUUGAGACUCAUUUAAAAAUAUUUAAUUAAAAACCCAACAAGACACACCUUUUUCUCUCCUCAGAUGAAAAUAGCAUUUGACAUUAGUCAUGGAGUCUGUUACCAUGGAAAUUUCAGACUUAGUUCUAGCAGUUGUGUCCCAGUGACAGUGUUUUACCUGCAUAGCGUUAUUAUUUUGGUCUUCCCUAGUAAAACUGGAUCAUCCUGUUGCUAAAUCAAAACUCCAUAACGAAUUUUUGAUAUUUUCAGAGGUGCUAAAUUUGUCCUCUUCACUUACAUGUGUGAAAGUAAUGUAAAGCUUAUGUCAUUUUUUUAAAGCACAUAGGUGAAGAAAUUAUAUUCUUUAGAGAUAAUACAGCCUUCAGAAACAGCUCAGGCCUGAUAACUCCUCCAGCAGACUAUGCCAAAGUGUGAAGUAACACCCGUAUGUGUGAAGUAACAUGUGUGUAUGUGUGUGCGAGAGAGAAAUCUGUGAA